AGUGAGAUAUGCUAAUAGAUGUCUUUUCCUAUUCAGUUUGUUCCCAAUGACUAUAUUAUAGGUGUUUUUGGGUGUGCCUCAUAUGCAUAUGCACAUAUGUUCAAAUAGAUUAGAUGUUAGUGGGUUUUAGGGUAUUAUAUUCUAUUACUUUAUAAUUAUUAUGAUUCUAUGAGAUUUGUUGGAAUGUGUCCUUUCUUAUUUAAUUGUUGCGCAGAGAAGAUAGCAUAGGUGUUAUUGAUUGUGGUAGCUGGAUGUGUGUGAUAGGUAUUAGAUGAUGUAUGCUAUGUGAUACAUAUUUUCCCACCCUUUCUUUGAGGUAUUCAAAUUCAAAUUCAAAUAUUUUGGUGAUUUGUUAGCUUGUCUAUAAAAAGGACUCCUUGGUUGUAUGGUUCAAUGCACCUCAUUCCUUCUCUGAAAUCUCUUGUUUCUGGUUUCUAUUUAUCUUUUUAGUUUUCUCUAUCGUGUUUGGUGGUUGAGCCAAUGCCUCCUCCAUUUGAUUCUAUCUCUAAGAUCCACCCUCCAAGGGAGGCAUGGAGACUCAAAGUUAGGGUACUAAGAACUUGGAUUGUUCCUUCUUUUGGAAAUCAUGAUGUUGCAAAUUCAAUGGAAAUUGUUCUUGUUGAUGGAGAUUCUAACAAAAUACAAGCAACUGUUAAGAAGCAGCUCAUAAAUAGGUUUAAAGAGAGUAUUAUUGAGGGUCAAACAUACCGAAUGUCAUAUUUUAGUGUUGUUCCAAACCAAGGCAAUUAUAGGGCAUCAGAACAUGAGUUUAAGUUGGUUUUUCUUAACCGUACAACUGUUAUUCCUGUCCCUAACGAUGCUAUCCCAAAGACAUGUUUCAGUUUCUGUUCGUUUGAUGAGCUCUUGAAAAUGACUGAAGAUUACGUUUACUUAGUUGAUGUUAUUGGUUUGCUAACUUCUGUUGGUGAAGAGAAAGAGUAUGUGAAAGAUGCGAAAGUGAUGAAGAUGAUCGUUCUUGAGUUAUCUUCAAAAGAGUUUGUUUUUUUCUGCCUGAUGUUGAUUGUGUUUUGCAUUUAUUAACUAUUAUUUAU